GGAUUCCAAAGAUUGAGUUAGGCGAAAAGAAAAAUCGGAAAAGUAUGCGCAUUUCGCAAACCAAAGAAAAAAAUGACACAAUUUAACUUUCAACCCGGUACCGUUUUUCUCAAUUUGAGUUAGGUGUGUGCGGCCCGUUUUUCUCACCGGGUCAAGGUCAAAGUGGGUCGACCCUCGACAACCUUGCCUGGUUAGUCCCCGCAGCCAAUUCCCUCUCCCAAUGAUAAUAAACAACGAUAAAGACCAAAACGCAAAACCAAUAGUUAGGGUUUUUCAAACGCGCCAAAGCCAAUCCUCAAACCCUCUGCAAAAAAGAGAAAAUGAGUGACACAACGACGACGCCGCCGGUGGCGGAGCUGGCUAGCACCACCUUGACCGACAACGCGGCGACCGGGCUAGCCCUGAAGCAUCCAUUUUCCGAUCGGGUCCCGAUCCGAUCCAUCGUCUCUCGCCCCGACGGCGGAGCUGGGCUCGCCGGGCAGCGAAUCCGCGUCGGCGGAUGGGUCAAGACAGGGAGGGAGCAAGGGAAGGGCGCAUUCGCCUUCUUAGAAGUCAACGACGGGUCUUGCCCUGCGAAUCUGCAAGUUAUGGUGAACCGUGACAUUGCAGAGGUCGGCCUCGGGUCGUUGGUGUCGACUGGGACCUCCGUCUCGGUUGAAGGAUUGCUGAAGGUUCCGCCUGUGGGUACCAAGCAGAAGAUUGAGCUCCACGUCGAGAAGGUCCUCCACAUCGGGCCGGUUGACCCGGCGAAGUACCCGAUUCCGAAGACCAAGCUCACUCUGGAGUUCUUGAGGGAUCAUAUCCACUUCCGUCCCAGAACUAACACGAUUUCUGCAAUUGCUCGAAUUCGUAAUGCUCUUGCUUUUGCUACGCACUCCUUCUUUCAAGAGAAUGGUUUCCUGUAUGUUCAUACCCCGAUUAUCACCACUAGUGAUUGCGAGGGCGCGGGUGAAAUGUUCCAAGUUACGACGAUAAUCAGCGAAGCGGAGAAGGCAGAGAAAGAUCUGAUUAAGAACCCUCCACCAUCAGAGGCUGAUGUGGAGGCAGCUAAGCUUGUUGUACAGCAGAAAGGAAAGGCAGUGGCUGAGCUCAAGGCUGAGAAAUCUGACAAGGCUAUGAUUGGGGCUGCAGUUGCUGAACUGAAUAAAGGGAAGGAGAAUUUGUCUAAGUUGGAAGAGAGAGCCAAACUUAAACCCGGUAUCCCACGGAAGGAUGGGAAGAUUGACUAUGCUGCUGAUUUCUUUGGACGUCAGGCUUUCUUGACCGUCUCUGGUCAGCUGCAAGUUGAAACUUAUGCAUGUGCUGUCGGCAAUGUGUACACUUUUGGACCGACUUUUAGAGCCGAACACUCUCAUACCUCAAGGCAUUUGGCUGAGUUUUGGAUGGUGGAGCCUGAGAUAGCUUUUGCAGAUCUUCAGGAUGAUAUGAACUGUGCAGAGGCGUAUGUAAAGUAUAUGUCCCAGUGGUUACUGGACAAGUGUUUUGAUGACAUGGAGCUCAUGGCUAAGCUUUAUGACAAAGGCUGCAUUGCCCGUCUAAGAAUGGUCGCAUCUACUCCUUUCGAACGAAUUUCAUACACAAAAGCUGUUGAAAUCCUUGAGGAGGCUGUGAAGGGUGGUCAGAAGUUUGAUAACCAAGUUGAAUGGGGCAUUGAUCUGGCAUCUGAACAUGAGAGGUUCUUGACAGAGGUCAAGUUCCAAAAGCCAGUCAUAGUUUACAAUUACCCUAAAGGAAUCAAAGCCUUCUACAUGAGGCUCAACGACGAUUCAAAGACAGUGGCUGCAAUGGAUGUCCUUGUACCAAAGGUUGGAGAAUUGAUCGGUGGAAGUCAAAGGGAGGAGCGAUAUGAAGUAAUUAAAGAAAGAAUUUUGGAUAUGGGGCUGCCCCUGGAACCAUACGAGUGGUACCUUGACCUUCGUCGCUUUGGGACCAUAAAGCACAGUGGGUUUGGGUUAGGGUUUGAACGGAUGAUUCUUUUCGCGACCGGCAUUGACAACAUUAGAGAUGUUAUUCCAUUCCCAAGAUACCCAGGAAGAGCAGACCUGUGAAGUAAAUUUUUAGUUUAGAAAGAAACAGAUGAACCCAUGUUUAUUAUUGACAACGGCAGAGAUGUUAUUCCCUUCCCUUCCCUGCCCUUUUUUCUGAAUCUAGAAUUUAUGCUUCUGUAUGAAACUAUGAAUUGUCUACUUAUUUGAGAGAUUUCCAGUUUUGAUGCCCGUUGUCUGAAUGGAUCUGAUUGACCUAUGUUGGCUUUGGGUGGGAAAUGUUCUUUUUGUUUGGUUUGAUCACUUGCAGAUGUUGGUUCUUGGCGCAAGAGGUUAUGUCUGUUCGGUUUAGGUCGUUAUUCGGCUGGAUUGUUCUAGUCUACAAUGAGUUGGAACUGAAUGAUGUGGAAGUUCCUAGUUGAUCUUGAUGUGUCGUCAUUAGCUGACUAUCUUGAAUUCAUGAUUAAGAUACUGUAAUGUGUGUCAUAUACUUCGUAUUUGUAGGAAGUGAAGAAGGUCAUAUCGUUUGUUUUAUGACUGUGAAGAGCUGCUUUAGUAUUUAGUAUUUACUAUAAGUCAGUGGCCCAAGCCCGAGGAACACUUUCAGCUGCAGGAACGGAAGUACUAAUAGUAAUAAGUAGUGGGGUGAACGAUGCUGUCCGGACAGAACCAAUCUUAUCCUUGUGAGAAUUAUGGUACAUUAUUGAAAGAUAUUUUAAGAUUAAAAAUCUGACCAAAUCUAGAUAUCAGUUUGAUUCAUCAUUUUCUAAGUAAUUGUAAAAUUUAUGGAGACCAAAGACUGGAUCCCAUUAUACUCGGUGCGGUCCAGUCCAAACUUCAGUUUGAUCCGAUAUUUCCCAGACCAUUUCACACUCCCACUAAUAAGUAAUAAAGUCAGUGGCCCAAGCCUGUAUGAUAAAUAUAAUACAAGAAGAAAAUGGACCCCUCUCUAUUCAAAUUACAAAACAAAUAGAACAAGUCUAAACUAGAUACAAUAAUGACUUUUCUUGUCAACAUUAUGCGUAGUUCAAUUGGCAAUCCUAAGAAUCGCACAAAACAUGUUCGCUGGUGGGUUGUCUUUGAGCACCGAUGCCCCCAUUGCAUCCGACUCCUCCACCAUUUCCCAUCUAUCCUCUGCCCAUUUGGUAGGCUUGGCCGUUGGAGAUCGAAGUGAGACCAGACCGUAAGCAAGUUAAGUUUGUCCGUCCCUGCUUCUGAUUGGUUAUGGCCGACGGCAAAUCUGCCACAAGGCGUAUUUAAUUGUCCAGGUAAUUAAUUAUGUUGAACUUUAAUGUCAUUCCUUGAAAUUAAAGUUAGUCGUCGGCCGUCUCGUCAUUUCCCUCCCUCGCUGCUUACUCAAUCCACGUCGUCGUGUUGUAUGGUGACGGAGAAAAGGGAUUACGCAUUCCAAGUGGUACUAGCUGAACAUAUUGAUGGGGUUUAAUUAAUUAGAAGAAAUACAUUUGCAGGAAGAAACGGCUUUUUUUCUGAAAAUAUUUUUAGUGAUAAACAUAAAACUUUUUAAUAAUCCAGCUCGCAAUUUACGAUGCGGGGUUAAGUAGGGGGGAGUAACAAUUCGACGAUGGAAGGCGAUGUCUAUGUCAUCCUCUAUUAAGGUCCUUAUUAGCUUAGAGGAUGGAUUAGUAAACUCUGUACAAAUUGUAGAAGUAAAUAAGACUGUGAUUCGAAAGUUCAACGAAGUCAUAUUUCGAGUUUUAACAUUUAGUUCAAAACGGAUUUACAAGUACUUAUCUCGUGUUCAAUGCUCGAGUCAUUUAUGUAAAAGCUAGUGAUUUGACCCAUUAUGAUGAGGACAUAUGUCAUUCAUUCAACAUCAAAGAUUGAUAAUGGGUAAAUAUUGUAUAGGACGCAAACAUCACACCAAAUUUUACAUUGCAUCACUACUAAUUAUCAUUUGAUUUAGAAUCCUAAGUUAAUCAUGGUUGUCAUGCAGGUGCAAUGCCAUGAUUGAUUUUUGGCUUCUAAACAAAAUGACAUCGUUUUAAUGAAAUUUAAUUAAAAAC